AUAGAUUUGUUUCAUCUACUUUGAGACGCCACACAGACUUCACUUUGUCUUCAACUGCGUGGGCCGAAAAAGACCAAAACCUUUGACGUUUCUCUGUUCCUCUCUGUACCUACGAUUCCUCCCAAGCGUAUCAAUAAAUUAUACAGGGACAAUCUACAACAGCUUAAAUGGUGCACGAGACUUCAUUUAGUUUGAUAUAACAACUGGGUUGGUUGCUUUCUUGGGACAUCUUCUUCUCCGUCUACAUUUCCUCGGUUUCUUCGCCAACCCCUUUUGUCCAAACACUCAUUUUCCUCACCUAUAUAUUCAUCUCCACUCUGUUGAUUUCUUCAUCUUGUUGAAGCUUUUUGAGGUGACUUUUCAUUAAGAUCAAGAAUGGCAGCAACCACUUUUCACCAGGCUUCUGGAACUCUUCCAUCACAUGGUUAUUUUAACAAGUCUAGCUUGCAUCACAAGGCUAAUAAUGCUUCCAUAAGGUUGAUCACAAAUGCAUUCAGAGUUGAUAUAGGACUUUCAAGAAGUGGAAUUUAUUACUCCAAGAAGAGGAACUUUGGUGUGAUUGAAGCCACAUCUUCUCAUACUACUGUCGUCAACCCUGUUUCAACUCCAUUGAGUAAAAACAACAAUGGUUUAAAUAAGAAAUCAAAUGAAGCUGCUUUGAUCUUGAUUAGGCAUGGUGAAUCUCUUUGGAAUGAAAAGAAUUUGUUUACUGGUUGUGUUGAUGUACCGUUAAGUAAGAAGGGUGUGGAAGAGGCAAUAGCUGCUGGUAAGAGAAUAAGCAACAUACCAGUUGAUUUGAUCUAUACAUCUGCACUGAUUCGUGCUCAGAUGACUGCUAUGCUUGCCAUGACAGAACACCGACGCAAAAAGGUACCCAUUAUUAUGCAUAAUGAAAGUGAACAGGCUAAAGCGUGGAGUCAGAUUUUUAGCGAGGAGACGAAAAAGCAAUGCAUUCCGGUUGUGACAGCUUGGCAACUGAAUGAAAGAAUGUAUGGGGAACUUCAGGGUCUAAAUAAACAAGAAACAGCAGAUAGAUAUGGAAAAGAACAAGUACACGUGUGGCGUCGUAGCUAUGAUACCCCUCCACCAAAUGGUGAGAGCUUGGAAAUGUGUGCUGAGAGAGCGGUUGCUUACUUUAAGGAGCAGAUUGAGCCUCAACUUUUAUCUGGGAAGAAUGUAAUGAUUGCUGCACACGGAAACUCGUUGAGGUCUAUCAUAAUGUAUCUUGACAAAUUAACUUCCGAGGAGGUUAUCAGCUUGGAAUUAUCCACUGGGAUACCUAUGCUUUACAUAUCCAAGGAAGGAGAAUUUAUCAGGAGGGGCAGUCCUGCUGCACCUACAGAGGCAGGAGUUUAUGCUUAUACCAAGAAUUUGGCCAAGUACAGGCAGAAGCUAGAUGAGAUGGUAAACUGAUGACUAAGGCGGGGACAAAUAAGUUGUUCAAAUACAGGCACCUUGUACUAAUAUAGUUCUCAUAUUUACAGUGAAGAUGCUACUUUACUUGUACUUGUAUUUUAACCAAGUGCGGUUUUAUUAGUGCAUUUGGGUAUGUCUACAAGAGAAUUAAAUCUGGCAAUAGAGAUCGAGAUAAGAACAGUGUUAUGUUGGACUUCCAUUCAGUUCUUUCUUUAUUUUUUGGCAACCAUCUUUAAUUUUCUGUGGUAAUAUCAUCUGCAAUAAGCCAAUACAUUCUCACUGUUCCCAUGUA